ACGUUCCGAUAUCUUUGCUAUGAAAAUUGUAAAAUCAAACCUGGCAAUCGUUUUUUUUCCAGAGCCAGUGGGUCAUGCUCUCACAUUAUUGGCUUGCUGAUGGCUCUUCAGCAUUGGAUUCUUGUGGGUUUUAAAGCAGUCCCUGAUAACCUAACGUGUACUAGUUUGCCCCAACAAAUGGUCUGUGCCAAGAGGAAGCAAGAUUGAAAGUUCAGCUGCCCCCCAAAUUUGCAUUAUUAAAGCCCAUCCUGAUAGAAAACAGAAACCCGUAGAAAAUGUGUUGACAGAAUGCAGGAAGUUUUAUGUGAAUGGGGAAGAUGUUGACCAUUUAAAGGCCUUAAAAGGAUUGCCAAUCAGCUACUUGGUGUCAAAUCCCAUGAAGAAAAAAGUGACGCAUUUGGGUGAAGUUGGAAUAGGAAGUGGUUUAAGCACACAUGCAUCCUUCUAUGAGCCACAUGUGCAAAAGACAGUGGAUACAAAAUGUGGAGAUCUAAAAUUACCCUAUAUCUGUCCAGUUUUACUACCAGAUGAAUAUAAACAUCUAUCAGAAUCUCUAGCAAUAGACUUCAACGAAGCUUAUAAAAUUCAGGAAGAAACACAAGAACAGUAUAAUUCACAGAGAUGGCAGUUAGAGAGAAAAAAACGCCUUACAGCAUCAAAAUUUUAUGAAAUAUUACACAGAAAAUCUAUUUCUUUGAAGUAUGUCAGAACUAUUUUAGAUCCAAAACCAUUUAAGUCUACUUCCACCUCAUAUGGAAUUGCAAAUGAAAAGAAGGCCAGGGAAAUGUAUGUUAAAAGGCAGGGAUUACAUGUACAUGACUGCGGACUGUGCAUUAAUCCGGAAUUUCCAUUUCUAGGGGCAACACCAGAUGGAAUAGUCUGUGACGGAGGUGUAAGUGGAAUUAUUGAAAUAAAGUGCCCAUACACUGCCAGAGAUUUGACCAUUGAAGAAUCUCUCUCCCUCCCAAAUUUUUGUUUACUUGAAUCUGAUGGAAAAAUUUCUUUGAGAAAGUCUCAUGCUUUCUAUUUUCAAAUUCAAGGACAACUAUUGGUCACUGGAGUUACUUUUUGUGAUUUUAUUGUAUUCACUCGAAAAGAAUUACAUGUUGAAAGAAUACAUCCUGAUGUUGAUUUUAUGAAAGAACUUGGUUCAAAUUUAAGUGAAAUAUACUUUCGUUACUUUCAUGAUUUAAUUGAAUAAACUGUU